AUGAGCGUGGACGCUCUCAUUAAAAAUCCUCCAGACCCUGUUCCUUUCCACGCUGCAAUCAUGGAAUCCGGCGUAGCGGCGAUGAUGGCAGUCUCUGCCGGAUCUGACUGGAAAGCUCUGGUCAACGCUACCAAAUGCCAGAAUACAAACGAGCUUGAAUGUGUUCGCGCCAUUCCAGCAAAGCGACUUAAAGAGAUCAUCGAACGGAAUAUGCUCACCUUCUCCCCGAUCCCUGAUGGAAUCACAUGGCCAAAGAACUCAUAUACGAGCCGCCUGAACUCUACGCAUGACUCGUCUGAGAUCGCCCGUGUUCCUUUACUAAUCGGCAGCAAUGCUGAUGAAGGUCAAACGUUCGUCGCAGGACAGAACGCUACCGUAGCACGCGCCCUUCUUAGUGAGAUUCUGGGAAAUAAUUCGACUCUCCUUCAAGCGGUCCUGAAACAAUACCCUCUGGGUACUCCAGGAAUUAAGACUGAACGCGAUCGUGUGGCGAAAAUUCUUACUGAACUUGCAUUCCAGUGCCCUUCGCAGCGCGUCGCUAAUGAGAGCUCUUCCGCGGGCAUUGAUACUUGGCUAUACUACUUUAAUGCCACCUUUCCGAAUGCAAACCCGCUAUUUGGCAGUGGGGCCUUUCACUCGGCGGAGGUUGAUCUGGUCUUUGGCACAUAUAAGCAGGAUGGAGCCACAAAGGCUCAGAAAGAUUUAAGCCAAUUGAUGCAGAAAACUUGGGCUGACUUCGCGAAGAAUCCGUCUGCCGGACCUGGCUGGGAAACUGUCCCUCAGGUUGGGGUCUUUGGUGAUGGGCCGAAGACUGAAGGGGACGGAGUAACGCAGGGAUUGUUCCAAACUGUUGAUGCUGAGGAGAUUGAUUGGAGGUGUCAGCUGUAUGAGGCUUUAUAUGAGGCGUUGGAUGCUGGUAAGCAGUAG